CCCAAAUGACAAGUGACAGCCUCCGAUUACACGUUGACACACACAUACAUACGCAUACGCCAAGUACAUUAAAUAUAGACUGAUAUAGACACAUACAAAGGUACAGAAGAGCCGGGCUGUAGUGUGUACAUAUUGGUUGAAUUCCAAUUGAUUUCAAUAUGAAAGGGACAUUAUUGUUCUGUUUAAUAGUUAUAAGCUCAAUAUUCUUCUACCAUGCUGAUGGACAGGCAAGAAAAGGGGGUAUGACAAUGGCCGAAAGGGUGCAACAGUUGAGUGACAUGGCUGCCAAGAAGGCUCUGCUCAAGUUCAAUGGAAACAAGUUCAGAGAUUAUGUGAAAUCUACCCCAAGGAAUUAUUCUGUGAUUGUCAUGUUCACUGCAAUGGCUCCACAGAGGCAAUGCAUGGUCUGCAAACAUGCCCAUGAUGAGUUUACAAUUGUCGCCAAUUCCUUCAAAUAUUCACAGUCCUACUCUAAUAAGCUGUUCUUUGCAGUUGUUGAUUUUGAUGAGGGCUCUGAAGUGUUCCAAAUGAUGAGAUUGAAUACAGCACCAGUUUUCAUACAUUUCCCAGCUAAGGGUAAACCAAAGAAUACUGACACUAUGGACAUUCAAAGGAUAGGCUUCUCUGCAGAGUCAAUUGCAAAGUGGAUUGGUGAAAGAACUGACAUUCAGAUAAGAGUAUUUCGUCCACCAAACUAUUCUAGCACUUUGGCUUUGGUUUUCUUGUUUAUCUUCCUAGCUGGUCUUCUGUAUAUGAGAAGAAAUAAUUUGGAGUUUUUGUACAACAAGAAUCUCUGGGCAGUUGGUGCUCUUUUCUUUUGUUUCAUGAUGGUUUCAGGACAGAUGUGGAACCAUAUAAGAGGACCUCCGUUUUUCCACAAGGGACAGAAUGGUCAAAUUUCUUAUAUUCACGGCUCAUCGCAAGGACAACUGGUCAUCGAAACCUAUAUAGUCAUGGUACUUAAUGCCGCCGUUGUGUUAGGUAUGAUCCUGUUGACAGAGUCUGCCAAUAAGAAUACAGAUCCCAAGAAAAAGAAGGUGUUCGCAAUUGCCGGUUUGGUGUUGCUCACCGUAUUCUUCUCACUGAUUCUAUCCGUUUUCAGAUCAAAAACUCAAGGAUAUCCGUACAGCUUUUUAUUCAAGUAAUUCGGUGUACAGAGUUAUGCAACAUUUGUAUGAUUGAGUGAAAGUGUGUGCAAUUUAGAGCGUUUGUUAUCAUUCUCUUAAUAAAAAAAAUAAAUAAAUAAAAUCUA